CUGAAAAAUCCGUAACCGGCGGAUAGUGUCGACGAAAUUUUGCCAGCCCCAAAAGUGAAGUGCGCUUUAGAACUGUCGGUGAGUGGUGGAUUUUCUGUGAGCAGUGACCGAUGCGGGGUGAGGUGGGUUUCGAUGACACCCCGAACAUGAACGUGUUUCUGUUGGAGCUGUGGCUGACCGUCCGGAUUUACUUUUUCAAGAUCAAAUUGGCACUAGAGCACUAUAGUCGCCAGUUUACCGAUCAUGUGCAGCGGAAGGCGUCAUUCCUGCGGUACAACAAGUACCAGCCGCAAGAGGCGGUGUUCUCGGUGUCGGACACGGGGACUUUCCGGCGGUUGGACGAGGCGCCACCAGGGAGCGGGCGCAUCGCGGCGGCGGCCCUCGAGAUAGCGACGCUCCCGUGGCACCAGCGCCAGUUCCCAGGUGACUGUGUCCGCGCCGGCACCCACCGCGAUCGCAAAACGGACAGGAGCGCUGCUGACGACGGGGGUGGCAAGUUCGCCCGUUCUGCCACCCCGAUGGGUUCCACAACCAAACUGGUCGGAGACAAGACCCCCGAUGAAAAGGUGCCAUGGUUCAAGCUUGUGCCUGGGUUAGCGACCACCCUCCUGACGUUGUCUUUAACAGCGUCUCUAGGAAACCACCUACGACUUCCCCGAAUAGCAUAUCAGAAUGGAGGAGGUUCAUUUUUGGUCGCGUAUGCGAUCAUAACAGUUUUCCUUGGCCUCCCCCUUGCAUUUCUAGAGAUUGUUCUGGGUCAGUUCGGUCAGCAAGGAACUACGAAAUUAUGGAGAGCAGUGCCUCUGUUCAGAGGCGUGGGGUUCGUGAAAGUGAUGGUAUCCCAACUCUUGGCCGUUUAUUAUCCGGUUUUGAUGGGUAUAUCGCUUUUCUACGCUGCCUGGAGUGCCAAAGGGCCUUUGCCAUUUAGUGAAUGUGUCAACCCUUCAGCGCAAAGACCUUUCAUAUCGAAUAAUAGUCCGAAAAUAGCCAAUGGGGAGCUAUGUUUACAGAACACGUUUAUCAAACCAGUAGAUCAAAAUGCUAUGUGGUUUGGAGUAAAUGUUGCGCUUCUUUUUUUAAUAUGGACGGUGCUUUUACUUUGUGUAUUUAAGAACGCUCAGUCGUAUCGAAAAUCGAUGUACUUCAUCAUGAUACCGACCAUCGUGAUCUUCGUGGCCAUAAUCUGGGAGCAGGUGAAAAGAGGCCCUUACAAUCUUUCACCUCUUCUCAAUAUCAACUGGAAAGCCCUCCUUUCUUUCGACGUAUGGUAUGCUGCUUUAAUUCAAUUUUUCUUCUCUACACACAUUGGAUUUGGAAACAUCACAACAGGAGCUGGUGUUCUUUUUUCCAAAAGCAGUGCAUUCUGGACUGCUGUGUUUUACAUUUUCAUGAACCUUUUCGUGGGCCUCCUCUUCGUUUUCAAUGUGUAUUCAUGGAUCGAAAAUUUAGAGACGGCUGGCUACAUAAUCCCAGAAAAUAUCAAAAUUCCAGAGACAUUUGUAUUAACCAUCAUGUAUGAUUCAAUUUCGAGAACGUACGACACCUUAACACAAUUUUGGGCCACAAUAGCUUUUCUCCUGAUAGUUUUAGCUGGGUUUGCUAGUACGGUAUCGCUUGUUUUCACUGUGGUGACAGCUCUCUCUGUCGAAACAAAAAACAAGUGGAAGUGGUGGGUCAUAACAAGUGGCGUCUGUUUACUCUCAUUUUUUGCAAGUAUUUUCUGUCUACUAAGGGAAAAUCUGAAAAUAGUUCACAUUCUUGAUGCAUACGUUAUUGGAAGGAUAGUAGUGUUGUCAACAAUUCUUGAGUUAGUUGGUUUCAUCUACAUUUACGGACUGGAGCCUCUGUCGAAUGAUUUUGAGUUUGUGCUUGGAUAUAGGCUCUGCUUCUUAUGGAAAAUAUUUUGGUUUAUAGCACCAAUAUUUUUGACGAUUGUUGAGGGUUGGUCUCUUGUCACCACUCUUCUGAAUCUAAAUCAAGAUGGAGCUGAAAGCUGGAUGCAACAUAUUGGAUGGGGUUUCUACGUUUUAGCAUGGCUGGUCAUCAUCAUAACAGCUUUGUGGCAGAUUUGUAAUCAAGUUGAUUACAAUUUGUCGCAGAAAUCAAGGAGUGCCUUGAAACCAAGUCGAAAUUGGGGUCCGGUCGAUCCAAUCUACCGUCACUGCUGGGUCCAAUGGAAAAAGCAGUAUCAAAUUACCGGUGAACGGGACUUCACAUUAAAACGGCGAGGAACGAGAGAUUACACGCACUCUGUGAAGCGAUCUCAUUCACGCCCGGGCAACGGAGCUUAUGGCACAAACACCAGCUCACUGAAAGGAACGCACAGCGGCCGCGUCAACAGUGCGUACAGUGUUGAGCCUGUUUCCAUCCGACGAAACCACGGAAAGAAAAUCAACAGUGCUUAUAGCAUUGAUCCAGCAACAGCAACGCUGAGAAGUAGUCGCAGUCGAUCAUUUCACUACAACGGAGACUUGGAGUCGUAUGAGCAGACCAUCAAAUCAAAUAAUCAUCGCUACACGCUGGACAGUUAUUUCCCGAAUGAUACAAUCAAUAUUCAUGAUUACGUCAAAGCUGAGUUGAAAGCAGAGAAAGAACCGGAGUUUACUACAACUUAUGUCUAUACUCCAACACAAAACCUUUCAGCGAAAUACACCCCUCCGGAUAAUAAUGACCACACCCAAAAAAGAAUUAAAACAAAACACAGCUUCCAUGAGGCUGAUAUAGACAAUACGACGUAUGGUAGGAUAAAAAUUAAGCAACACCCUCACAGUCAACCACCCGAUGUUAGGAAGGACCCUCCUCGGCACGCUGAUGAAGUGCCUUACCCAAAUGUGAAACACACGAGGCCUAGAGAAACAUCGCCGGGUAUGUCUCACUAUAGCGUGCAGCCAAAGCCUAGUUUUAGGUACGAUCCAAAUGAUGAUGCUCAAUUAUAUUAUGUUAGGCAAAAUUAUCGCGGUGAGGUGCCAAGUAAUGUGAAACCAAAAUCACACUCACGACACAGUCACACGCAACAACCUUGCAUUUUUCAGGAAGGUGACGAUGUCGACCAUGUGUUUUGGAGGAAAGAAAUUAGUCCGUAUACGCAUUACAUGUAAGAAUGUUAUGAGCAAAUGUUGAGAGAGAUUUAAGGUGCUACUCUCCCUUCAUUUAACCUACUCUGAUUUGAGCGACCUCAUGAAAAUCAGAAUCGCUUUCAACUUUUAACCACUACCUGGAACAUUAAUAUAAUGAACCAAAUGGGCUAGUCAUAAAUAGUUUUAUCAGGUCAAGAUACAACCUUAAUAUCUUACAGCUCAGAUAGAGGUAAUCUGCUACUGUAAACCUCUCAAAUUUUUCAGGAGAAUUACUGUGUAAUCAAAAAUGUUUGAACCUAAUUCAUGAUAAAUUAUCAAACGAAGUGCCUUCUGUUACUCUCCUUUUUCUUCAACAGUCAGAAAAAGAGUAUUGCUUUUUCCAAGGAAGCCUGGAAAAUUUUCAAACAAAGAUCUCGCUUUAUUUUAAUUGACUUUCAGAGAAUAUUACAUUAGUACAGUUACCAUCGCAAGAGGAAAGGGCACAAUAAGACAUUAUUGUUGACUCCUUUUUUCACUUCUGAAAAUUUGAUGGAAAAAAAGAAUGGAAGAUUAAAUUAUAAAUCCCUUUAGACCCUUAAAGUAUUCUUUUUAUCCUUGAGGCUUGGGCGUAAGAUUUUUUCUGAUCAACAUAUUUUUUCUCUUUAUUCCUUAAACUUGUUUUAGAAGAUUCUAAAAUCUACGAUUGAGUCAUCAAACGGCCCUCUCUUUCAACACUCUGCCAAUAUUCUGGAUUACUAGAAUUCACGGGGUCAAAACUAUGGGAAAAGAAAGCGGUGCUAUUAAACAUACUAAAUUGUAGACAAAAUUUAGGCCAUAGUAAACGGAAUAUCCAAAUGCAAUGAAACUGAUGUUGUUCUCUAGGGCCCAAGUGCUAAAAUCGACGUUUUGAGAAAAACUGUGUCAUUUAAUGGGCAUUCAAUAUUUUAAGCCCUAAAAAUGUAUGUGUCUGAAGAAUAUCUUCUAAAACUGGGGAACGCAUUAUGAAUGGCACACUUUUUCCUGUUUUUCGACUCUUAGGCCCUUAAGAAAAAUAUCAGUUCAAUACUAAAAUAAUAAAAACUUUCACUAGACUGUACUUCUAGGAAAUACUCUGGAUUUCAGUAACUGCUCUGUAACCUCUGCCAAUCCUACUGUAAGUAUUUUCCAAUGGAUGCCAUUUUAAGUAAUUCUGACUAGAAUAUCUAUGGAAGAGGAGAUGAUUAAAUUGUUCCAUUGCAUAUCCGUCAAUGGUGAAGUCUGCUUUAUCCAAGAAGUCUCUGAUCUUAUUUAAUCAGUGUCUGCUUUGCUUUCGGCGGAACUUCAAUUCCAAUGCAUUUUUAAAUCCUGUUUACUUGUUGCGCCCCAGACAAAGGAACAUGACUACAUUUCAACUUUGCCAAAUUUCUUUUCAUAAUAUGUAUUUUUACCCGGAAACUAUUCAACAUUUUAAAUUGAGAAUUUCACCAAUUUUUCUACAGGUUAUCGUCACAAAUCAGCAAGAUUUUGGACAGAAAUUGCGUUUAUCAUUUUUGUGGAGGAAAAAAAAAUUAUUUUGUGCAAGUAGAUUUUACAGCCUUGGAAUGGAGGUAUGUUCCUUCAUCCGGGAAAUGACAAAUUAUAAUUAUUCAUAUUAAUGACGGAACUACCAAACCAUGUGGCUGGGAAAAUCCAAUUUUUCAGGAGAGAAAAAAAUUGUCUACGUUCCUCAGAGAGGUGAAAUUAUUCUAGAUAGUGACCAUAAGAUGUUCUUUCGCUCUCUGCACGUUUUUUUGGAAAUAUUUUUAAUUGUUGGGAAAUAAGAAGGAAGAACCAAGAAAUGCGUUUUGCUUAUUAGGGGCCAAUACUGUAUCUCAAAAUAAGGUCAGAAUUUAGUUUCUGGAUUAAUUUUUUGCAAACUUUGAUUAAAAUAAGGCCCAAUGAAGAGUUAAGAGUCGUAGAGGACAGUGUGCCAAAAUAUAUUUAGUAGAGGGCUCUAAUGAUUUCACACAAUUUCUCAUUGUUACUUUUGCCUCUCUUCCAAUGGUACAGUUUACUGAGUUUAAAGAUUUCCUUGAGUAUCAGCGUAAGUACAUGAAAAAAGUACUCUUUUGGAUUGACUGAUGUAUUUUUAUGGCAAAUGAAAUACAUCACUCACACCUCAUUAAUCCGGUUAGUGUGAACUGAUGAUAAUCAAGAUACUUGUAUGUGGUUUGGUGGUUUCACCGUUGAUUUGGAAUUUUUUGUGCAGAUAUAACCUUGACUUGUAUUAGAAAAUUUCUUCCAAUUUUACGAGUAAAUAAUUUUUUAUUAUUAUUGUUACAGAAAAUGAUUGUGUGUAUAGUUUAAUUGUUAAAUUAUACCUACCUAAUGCGUAGAAAUCUAGGUAAACUCUGACUUAUGUCAUGUGUAUUAUAUCAAAGUCUGAAACAGUGAGAGAAUGUAUAUUUUGUAUGUAGGUAUGUAAUUUUUUUAUUUUUUAUGUUUUCUCUCUCUUUACAGUUUUUAUAUUAAAAAAAAAUAGAAAAAAUAAAUGAUAAUUUUGAUGUUUCAUGAAGAGUUUUGUUGGGAUAUGGUUAGUGUAAAAGCUUUCAUCGGACAGAAUCUUUCAUGGGAUCAGGCGUGUCAAUUUUCCAACACUUUCAUGUUUAUGAUUAUAUUGUAAGUUUUAAGUAGCUCAGAAAAUAUAAGGCAUGGAUUUGGCAACAUACAUUGGAAAUUUCCAAAAAAAAAAAAUUCAAAUCUAAUGUCAGACCAAAAAAAACUUCCCAAGGUUUGAUGUUACCUUCUUUAUUGAAUCAAACCUUGUACAUAUGUAGAGAAACUCUUGAGAUUAAAAGAAAAUAAAAUGAAAGUUUUUCUCGUAAAUAAAAGGAACUAAAAAGAUGCUACACGUAGGCUGAUAUUCACAAUGAGAUUAUGAAGAAUUUUAGGUUGAAAUUUUCACUUUCAUUUAUUUCUUUGGCUCUUAGUUUGUUAUCUCAGUUCUUGUAUGUUGUUUGCCAACUAGUGGACUCUUACUAAAACCAAGUACAGCAAAAAUUAUUUUCUCCCAUUAACUUCUCAAAAAUAUUCUAUAAACUUCUUGUAAUCUUUGAUUCGGUCCAGUUGGAGUCAAACAGCAAAACAUAAUUUUCACUUGCGAAGAGAGCAACCGCCAGAAAGGCAAAUAAUCCAGAAAUUAAAUUGGGUGUGUUAAAACUUGACUGAACUUACAUGUUCAAAUGUGAAAGAUUCUUUCCAGCAUUAACGAUAAGUUACCAACAGUUUUGAAUCAUACAGCCAGUUUUCACAUCGAUCUACUAAUAAUUAGCAAUACAUGAUUCACUGAGUAAAUUGCUGGCUACCUCAUGCCUGAGAUAUUGCAUUGCUCUUGUGAAAUAUUAUAAAAUUCGAAUGAGAAUGAAUGUGUAGUAUAUGAGUUAGAUUAAUUCUGUAAAUAUACGAUAGAAAUUUGUAAUUUUGUUUUUAUUUUUUUAUUACUUGCAGUGAAUUUUCACUCUCUGUAAAAAAUGAAUAAAUCGUUAAAGAGUC